AUAGCAGCUUUUUUCUCUUAAAAGAACAUAACCCUAUUGGAGUAGAACACAGUUAAACCAUACCCCUCCAACUGUCCCUAUUUUCAUCCCUCCCAUCACUUCAAUCUAAUCUUUUCCCAAUUUUCCAUUUAUAUCCCUUCUUCUUCUUCUUUUAUAAAAGCAAAACAAGCAGCAGCAGUAGCAGAUUCCCUAUUCUGGGCUGCGCCAUUAUUUCCUCUUUUCUGUAUCUACCAACUACCCUAACUACAACUACAACUACCCACCACUGGAAGGGGCUGCUGCUGGGAGAAACAUGGAAUAUUAUUAUUGGAACAACAACAGUACUAGUACUAGUAAUAGUAAUAGUGCGCGAGGGCAUAAUGGUAAUUGCUGCAGCAUCCAUGCAUGGGAAUCCUCCUGGGAGCUCGCUACUAGUAGUAGUAUUAGUGCCACUACUUCAAGGGCAGACUGGACCAGCUACACUACUCUUCAUAACUCAUUCAAUUAUCCACCCUCCUCCUCCGCCGCCUCCGCCACCGACAGGCAAGUUGGGCCCAGUGCAUUUCACGCGCUCAUGCUGCAGCAGCAAGAAAAGAGGAACGACCCCCAUUAUUACAAACCCGACCCUCUCUUGACGUGCUUGAAGCUGGGCAAGAGGCACUAUUUCGAGGACGUUCCCACUCCUCCGCCGGCUGCUGGACCAGCUUCCUCUGUCACCAAGAAAGGCAAACCCUACUACUCAACCCGUGGAGGGCCCUGCUCGGCUCCCCUGGUGGGGGCCACUCCGGUUGUGGUUCCUCGGUGUCAGGUGGAGGGGUGUGAGGUGGUGCUGUUGAAUGCCAAGGACUACCACAGGAGGCACAAGGUCUGUGAAAUGCACGCAAAGGCUCCCAAGGUGGUGGUUCUUGGGAUCGAACAACGAUUCUGCCAACAGUGCAGCAGGUUUCACGCAGUGGCGGAAUUUGAUGAGUCGAAGAGAAGCUGUCGGAGGAGAUUGGCGGGGCAUAACGAGAGAAGGAGAAAGAGUUCUCAAGAACCCCAAUCUCUUGCAAAGAAACAUUCUCAAGACAUCAAAAUGAUGGGUGCAGGAAGACACGCCCACUUCCUUAAUAGCAGCCAGUGUGCUCUCUCUCUUCUGUCAUCAACAAACUACAAUCCCUGGAAUAUUACGCAGCCGUCGGCCGAUCUUCCGGCGAGGUGCAGCGCCGCCCUGCGCGAGCUCAUCGCCGAGAAUCGGGCUUCCAUUUUGGCUGGCAGGCAGCUAAUGGAUGGCAACUACCAGGUAGAGGACUACUGCAACAAUAAUACUUCAGUCGGGGUGAAAUCUAAUUCACAAGAAAGCCAAGGACAUGUGACGUUGGACCUAAUGCAGGCUCGGAAUUCGGCCUUGGGGCUUUUGUCUGUCCAUGAUCACAAGGCGUCCACAGAAGGAGAUGAAGAAGGUUGUUCUGAUGAGUUGUGGAAGCUCCCAUUGGGUUACUGAUUAUAAGGGUUGAGAUUUUAUUCUUUUCUAUAUGGUUUUAAGACAGAAGUAUGUGUGUGUGAGAGAGAGAGUGUGUGUAUGGCGUGUGGUACAAAUAAUUUCGAAUUUCGUACAAUUAUUAUCUUGAAACAUAAUAUGAUUCUUAUUUUUGCUUAAAUAAAAAAAGAAAUUAAGUAGUUGGAUGAAUUUUAAGGAUGCAAUAAAAAGGGUAAUGUUUUUGUGGGAGGAAGAGUUGAUUCAUGUUCAUGUGUUGCACUUGCUUCCUGAUUGAAGCAACCAACAUAUAUACUCCAAUUAUUUGGGAAACGUGGGCUGAACAAAAUCAUUCGGUCCCUUCACCCCGCUCUGCUGGGCCUUGUACAAUUUUACUAAAUUUCUGCGCA